UUUAAAAUAUGAAAAGGACUAAGGAAAGAAUUGAUUUUGCUCAUCCAGCACAUAGAGAAGGCAUCUCAGGGCUUACUUAUUUUGAUGGAGAAGAUGACGUCAGGCCAGCUAGAGUCAAGCAACAGAUUGAAGAGACCAAGUUCUGGAUUGAUAGACAGAAGGAAGAGAAGAAAAUGAAAGAUGAUAUUGAUAAGAAAGAAGAAAUGCUUUAUGGGAAACAAGACAUUGCAAAUAAUAUCCUACUUGGAGGAUCCCAAGAUAGCCUCAUGCAGAAUAGAAGGAUGAUAGCUAAGUCUUGAGCUGAUACAAAUAAGGAGUUGUUUAAGGAAAAGAAGAAUAGAGAUAAGAACGAUAAAGAUAGAGAAAAUAAGACUGAUCAAGACGAUCUUAAUAAAUUCACUCUCUCGAAAGAAAUCAAAUGGUCAGCGUAGAAUUUCAUUAUUA